GUGGCAUCAGUCCGUGGCUAGGUUACACCGCCUGCUUGGUGCAACUGUUAUAUUCUUUUUUUUUUUUUUUUAACAUUUCCUGCCCGUUAAAAAGACUGUUAUUUGUCAAUACUAGGAGGAGGAGGACGAACGGUCGAUCAACUCGCCCAACUUUUCCGCGCCGAGGCCAACGCCUAACGGUGUUUUUUUUCUUUAACAUAGUAGAUUUCUUUUUCAAAAGAACAUGUUUCGGUCUCCACUACCUGUGGUUUUGUGGUGUGUAACAGGUGUCUUGGUGUCACUCGGACAGGAAUGUGGUCGCCCACCUGUGUUGGAGAACAGGAUCGUGGGAGGGAUGGACUCCUCAGAGGGGGCUUGGCCGUGGCAGGUGGACGUGCAGACGGAGACCGCUGGCCAUGUGUGUGGAGGGUCCAUCAUCAGCGAGAACUGGGUCCUGUCUGCUGCCCAUUGUUUCCCCAACCCGUCUGACGUUAGCCGUUACAUCAUAUACGCCGGACGGCACCAGCUGAACGGCUUCAACCCGCACCAGACAGUGCAUCGUGUUAGGCAGGUGGUGAUCCCGUCCGGAUACGUGGAGCCUCACCAAGGGCAGGAUGUGGCGCUGGUUCAGCUGUCCAGCCCGGUCACCUGGUCAGACUACAUCCGUCCUGUGUGCCUGCCGUCCUCUGACACGCUGUUUCCAGCCGGCAUGCCCUGCUAUGUCACCGGCUGGGGAAACAUCCGGAACGACGUUCCUCUACAAGGGAUCGGGACCCUACAGGAAGUGCAGGUGCCCAUCAUCUCCCGCCAUUCAUGUCAGGACAUGUACCUGGUGAACCCCAGUGAGCAAGUGGACAUCCUUUAUGACAUGAUCUGUGCUGGAUACCAAGAGGGGGCCAAGGAUUCUUGUCAGGGCGAUUCCGGGGGGCCUCUUGUCUGCCAGAUGGUGAACGGGACCUGGGUCCAGGCUGGAGUUGUGAGUUUCGGACUGGGCUGUGCCGAGGCCAACAAGCCGGGUGUCUACGCCAGACUGACCAGCUUCUCCGGCUUUAUCCGCGACACGUCACCUGGGAUCCGGCUGUAUGGAGGAGCAAAUGCCAACUGUUGUGGUCACACUGCUUUGGUGGUGAGUGUUCUGGCCACAGCACUAGUUCUGCUUUGGAGAUGAGCACUGUGGCUCCAUAACAGGAGUGACAGCUGCUGUUGUACGUCUGCGGGCCUGAACUGAACAAUUGUACGUGAUGCUAAGAUCUAAAACCAUGAGAUUUCUUUUAGAGCUGUCGUUUUGAUACAUUUUAAAUCAGCUAAUUUGUGUUUUGUAU